GUUUCUACAGGAUGGAAGGACACUCGCGCAGCUAGCAACCGUGACUCCUGGAUUCGGGAGCGCGCAUUGGCCGGCGAGGAUCCCUCUGGUCCAGGCCAACCUCCACCACGCCGCGCGGAAUAGUCCCGAGGCAACUGCGAACUCACCCUGCACGUGGCGGGGGUCUGGCCAGCGCAAGUGCCAAUCCGCAAGCAGCCCCUCGCUGCUCUCCUCCCGCCCCGCCUCCUUGCCCCCCUCUCCAGCUUCACUUGGCGGGGAAAAUUCAGUUCGAGACUGGAGCGCUGUGACCGAACCACAGCCAAAGGCAAGCCCUAGUGCAUCCAUCCCGGACCGGUUGAAGCCGGCCUCCAGUCCGUGGGAGGCCGGCAUGCUGGCAUGGCAGGAUGGCGGGGCCAAGGCGGCCCCUUCUCACCACAAGAUUUCCUUCUCUGUCCUGGACAUCUUGGAUCCGCAAAAAUUCACGCGAGCUGCGUUCCCGCCGGUGCGUCUAGCUGCCCGGGAAGCCAAGAAAAGUUUAGCGGAGGUAGAAGCAGGGGAAGACGCCAGUCCCGAGUCUACGAUCAGGUCUCAGGAGACCCCUGGUGCCACGGGCCGAGGCACUGGCCCCGCGUCUCCCCUGGAAGACUCGGAAGCGGAAGAGGAGGAGGAAGCGGAGGACGCGGGGCGCGCGCAGCUGCGGGAGCGGCCGGAGCGCUGGCAGGGGGUUCACCAAGGCUCUCCAGAGGCCCGGGCGGUGGUGACUGGAGUCAGGGAGAGUGGCACCGACCGGCUGCCAACGUCCCCCGGCUCCCCCGGUUCCCCGCGGCCCCGGCGCCGACGAUCCGAGCCUAGCUGCGCCAAGCCACGGCGCGCGCGCACAGCCUUCACCUAUGAGCAGCUGGUGGCUCUGGAGAACAAGUUCCGAGCCACGCGCUACCUGUCGGUGUGCGAACGCCUGAACCUGGCUCUGUCGCUUAGCCUCACGGAGACGCAGGUCAAAAUCUGGUUCCAGAACCGAAGGACCAAGUGGAAGAAGCAGAACCCGGGGGCCGACGGCACGGUGCCGGCGGGGUGUGGUACGCCGCAGCCUGGAACACCCGGUGCGGUGGCGGGAGCCUGCGGCAGUGGCACCGGGAGCAGUCCUGGCCCCCAGGUUCCAGGCACUUUGCCCUUCCAGACUUUCCCCAGCUAUCCCUCGAGCAACGUCAUCUUUUCCCCUUCCUCCUUCCCGUUGGCGACAGCCGCCACGGGGAGUCCCUUCACUCCUUUUCUUGGGCCCUCCUACUUGACCCCUUUCUAUGUCCCGCACCUGUAAACCGGGUACUCCAACCGAAUCGGGAUUCCCGUGUGAUCAGUAUGGUGGUGUGGACCCCUGCAUCACAGAGGGGCACUGACCGCCCCCUCCUGGUGUGUUGGUGUCUUUGUGCCCCUUCCCUCCAGCCACCAGAGGGCGAGGAGAAGCCACCUGCUGGACUCCAAACCACACAGGCCACUGAGAAGUCAAGAAAGUGUCCAGACCAAGCUGACUUCAAGCCUUCCAGCUUCUGGACGUCGCUCUUCGCUUUCAUUCACUUCCAGGGCUCUGUUUUUAAAGGGCCUGGGUAGUCAAUACCAGGCUAAUAAGGGUUGCCAGGGUGGAGACCAGAGGGAGCCAAGAAUGUUCUGGGCACCAGCUACUAUCACCAAAGACUGAAUAUUUAAAGGUCCCAGUGCGUUCCGAGAAGAACUUUCCUUCCUGGUGGUGGAAUUGGCUCAACACAGUACUUCCUCUCACGUCCUGAACAAAGCUGGAGCCAGUUGGCCCCAAAGCAGAGGCAGCUAUCGAAUGGAUUUUCUAUUUUCAAGAUGCCUAACUCGGCAUUUCUAUAUCUUCAUUUGAGAUUCAGGCCUGAGCCAGUUACUGAUGCUAACAGACUACCUUGUUCUCUGUGUGCAGACUCUAGGUGUAUCAGGAAGUUGUUUAGCGUUGUGCCUAGACUGACGUGGAAAAGACACAACUCUGUGGCCUCGCAGGGUUUGAGAAUAGCGUGGUCAGACUACAGCAGUGCCCUACAUGCACAAAAAGGACAGUAAAGGGAUUGAUGACCCAAAGGCUAUGGUGAAGUCUGUGUGUGAGUUGUUGUGAUGUGCUCCUCUGUCCAUCCUACGCCUUCACAUGGACUUCCAAACUGACAAGUUGGAACAGAGCAAGAUCCACCAGCAGGCAUUACAGUCAGCCAUUUGACUACAUCUUUGAAAGCAUAAAUGUAACAUUUAAUAUACCCAAGAUUCUGACUUGGAAACAAUUCUUGUUCUAAACAGAUUUCUUGUUAUUGUUGUUCCUCCUAAUGACAGCGAACAAGCAAAAGUUGUAAGGGCCUGGGAAAGAAAUACCAAGUGGAAGGAGUUGUUGUGGAGGAAAAAACCCUUUUCACCAAUGGGCUCAAGGAUACAUAGGUUCUGACUGCUGCUUUCUUUAUUAAAACAAAGCAAAGGUAGUCUGUGAAGUUCCUUGGCUGGUUUUGUUUGAAAUACUAGUUUUCUGUGUUAUUUGGUCUUGUAGUCACGCCUCAGAGACCAGAUGACUCCAUCUGCCCUAUUUUGUGUUUCAUUUUUACUUUUUUGAUAGCUUGAGGCUAGCCAACACCUAAAUAAAUACUGUAUUCCUUACAAUUCCUUGGCAGCCUGUACCAUUAAAACUUAAACUUAAUGAUCAACAGCUUUAAGUUAAAAACACACACUGGAAUUAUGAACAUUAUAAUCUUGAAAUAAUUAACUUUAUUAUUAUGAGGAAUGAUAGAAAAUAUCCCCCCUUCCAACUUAAAGGAAGACUUCAUGUUCUGGGACUCUAAGAUUUGUGAGUUUGGAUUAUUUCAUUGUGUAUUUGGUAAUUAGACUCUUUCCCUUCUAUUCUGAAGAAUAAUGCCCCCAAACACUGCAUCGGCAAAGGACUGUUGGUGCCAGAUGAGAUUAGAAAUGAAGAUGCUACAGCAGGGAGUAUAAUUUUAUUCACCGUACAUGCUGGUGAAACAGUCCCCCAGUGACCACUUGCCCUCGACAGCAGCAUCCCAUGUCUGUGAACAGAUACUGCAAAUGCUCAAAGAUAAGAUCUGAACAAAGAGGUCCAGUUUUUGCACUAAGUGGGAAACAUUUCACUCCGGCCCUUCCAGGGGUCAGAACCAUAGACUUCAGAGGAAGUAGAGACUUAGCCUUGUCCUGUUGCCCAAAAUCCUUCCUCAUACCACACACUGUCAGAGGGAUGUCUGAAGUAUGUGACUUUGGACUUCUUAAAAGGCCCAGUAAUGUUCCAACCGACUCCUUAGACUUGUUUUUAUUGAUGUGUUGGCCUAAUAAAUUCUUUUUGUAAUCA